AUGGGCAAUCGAAGCGAUAGAAAUCAAACUUUAUCCGAUUAUGAUACAUUGAUUUUAAGUCAACAAACUCAAUUACCACCACAUAUUCUUCAACAACUUUAUGAAGCAUUUAUGGAACGAGCAGGACGUGAUGGACGUAUGACAAUAAGUGAUUUUAAAAGAGCCUAUACAGAAAUAAAUCCAAAUGCAAAUAUUUAUAACCUUGAUGAAGAUGCAGAACGAAUUUUUAUUAUGUUUGAUAUGGAUCGUAAUGGUGUUUUGACAUUCAAUGAAUUUAUGUUAGCGUAUAUUCUCUUACAACGAGGUGGUGAUGUUCCAGCACUUCGUUGGCAAUAUGCAAUGAACUCUAUGCCUAUUAGUGUUCUCUCUAGACCUGGUCUAUUGAAUGCUGCUGAAGCACUUCUACUUCUUCAAUAUAUGAAUCAAUUUUAUCAAAUACCAAAUUUCGAUCCAAUUAUGCAACACAAUUUUAUUUGGGAUCAAUUAGCGCCUCAAAUGGAUCCCAAUGGUUAUGUACCACAAGCAGAAUACCUUCGUCUUUUGUCGGCUCAACCUCAUAUUCAACCAUAUAUUUGGUGA